AGGGGAAUUUGAUUAGAUAGUUGAAGGCUGAUAUUACCUUUGCUCUCUCACCACAAUUGAAAUCGUUCUUAGCUUUUAGGUGGACCCACUGUCUACCUUGGUGAGGCGUUUUCAAGAGCAUAGAAUCAUCUUUUUCAUUAUCAAAAGAAGAUGCUGUUUAAUUUGAGGAUCCUGUUGAACAAUGCAGCUCUUAGAAAUGGUCACAGUUUCGUGGUUCGAAAUUUUCGAUGUGGACAACCACUACAAAAUAAAGUACAGCUGAAGGGUCGUGACCUCCUCACUCUAAAGAACUUUACAGAAGAAGAAAUUAAGUAUAUGUUAUGGCUAUCGGCAGAUCUAAAAUUUAGGAUAAAACAGAAAGGAGAGUAUUUGCCCUUAUUACAAGGGAAGUCCUUAGGCAUGAUUUUUGAAAAAAGAAGUACUCGAACAAGACUGUCCACAGAAACAGGCUUUGCACUUCUGGGAGGACACCCUUGUUUUCUUACCACACAAGAUAUUCAUUUGGGUGUGAAUGAAAGUCUCACGGACACAGCCCGUGUGUUGUCUAGCAUGACAGAUGCAGUGCUGGCUCGAGUGUACAAACAAUCAGAUCUAGAUACCCUGGCUAAAGAAGCAUCCAUCCCAAUCAUCAAUGGGCUGUCAGAUUUGUACCAUCCUAUCCAGAUCCUGGCUGAUUACCUCACGCUCCAGGAACACUAUGGCUCUCUGAAAGGCCUCACCCUCAGCUGGAUUGGGGAUGGGAACAACAUUCUGCAUUCCAUCAUGAUGAGUGCUGCAAAAUUUGGGAUGCACCUUCAGGCGGCUACUCCAAAGGGUUAUGAGCCAGAUCCCAGUGUGACCAAGUUGGCAGAGCAAUAUGCCAAGGAGAAUGGCACCAAGCUGUCGCUGACGAAUGAUCCACUGGAAGCGGCUCGUGGAGGCAAUGUAUUAAUUACAGACACGUGGAUAAGCAUGGGACAAGAAGAGGAGAAGAAAAAGCGGCUCCAGGCUUUCCAAGGUUACCAGGUUACAAUGAAGACUGCUAAAGUUGCUGCCUCUGACUGGACAUUUUUACACUGCUUGCCCAGAAAGCCAGAAGAAGUGGAUGAUGAAGUGUUUUAUUCUCCACGAUCACUAGUAUUCCCAGAGGCUGAAAACAGGAAGUGGACAAUCAUGGCUGUCAUGGUGUCCCUGCUGACAGAUUAUUCACCUCAGCUUCAGAAACCAAAGUUUUGAUGCAGUGAUGUUUGUCAAGAGAGAAACAAUGUUCUUCAGUAACUGAAUGAGUCAAUUUAUGGAGGAAGAAGAGAAUCUAAGAAACAAAUCCUGAUACACAGUAUAGGUGAAUGAAAUGAUACUGCUUUGCCAUUGUGGAACCUUCCUGAAGACCUUAAUUGAAGUGCAGAUGUACUACGAUACAUGGCUUGACUUGGUUUAAGCUCUCUAAUGCACAAUUUCUGAGUUACAUUUGGGUAUCAUAUUAAUCAUCAUAUACAUUUGCUUCAACUAAACAUAAAAUACUGUUCAUAAUGCAUAAUGUCUAAGCCAUUAAAUGUAAUCUAUGCUUAUUACCUUAAUAAAUUAUCACCCGUGCUAAUUUAUAAGUAAACAUUUACCAGCAGUCGGCUGCUGGUAGAUCUGUGGGCUGUGUUCAUAUCCCCCAGGACCAACAAGGAAGCCAAAUGAUCCAUCUUGCUGAUGUAGUACAGUUUUCAGGCAAAUGAGGUGCACAGACUAUUCACUUAUGGAGGCAAAUGAUGAAAUUCUCAGAAAACAGCUAUAACUGUGCCCAAACUCAAGUUUUUUUUCCAGUCAUAUGUGGGAAGGAGGAUUUUUCAAGAGCACACAUCUCUUCUCCGUAAUGAACACUUAAUGUCAAAAGCCUAAAGAAGGCUUUGUGAACAAGUGGCAAAACCAUGGAAACCUAGCUGGGAACAUAAGAUCCAUUACAGAGUGGCAUUUUCAUAGGUUCAAAUUCUCCAGCAGGAGCGAUUUAAUUUUUUCAUGUUUGUGCUUAUUGUGCAUCUACUCACACCACAUGCUGAAUGUGUCUAUAAAUCUACUGCUUGCCAUAUUUUAGUCCAUUCUUUCUCUACAAUUUUUGUUCAGGAUAAUAAAAAUUUGCAUCACUGGAUUAUUAUAAUGUAAUUAAAGCUACAUGCUUUUGUGGGUG